AAAAAAAUCCGUAAAUUUAGGGGUCCCUUUACCGUAGAUUUGCUACGGAUUCGCUCCGUUUUGCGAAAUACGGAAAGUUUGCUGUUGCGCAAGGCAGUAUGGGUAGAUUUUUCUCCCCCAGCCAGAAUUUUCCGACGCCAUUACACUCAUGCGGUCAGUGUCAGCCUAAAGUUCUGCGAGUCACAUGAAAAGUUGUAAACAGGUUGGUUGUGUAUAAUGAGAAUAGUAAUGGAGUGCUACCUCUCAAACAGAAUAUAUUAAGUUAAACACAUGAUAAGCACGUUUUGUUCAUUUCAUCAAAUUAUUAGUUGGUUAAUUUGUCUCGAAGGUUUCUAACAGCAUUCCAACCGGCGCCAUACAGGGUAGUGUGGCUCGCAGCUGAGCACGGGACCUUUGCUAGCUGCUUAGCAUUGGCAGGUCGGCUGCUUCCUAUGUACCAGGUGAAGGAUCGCAUGUAGAACCUGUAGAACUUGAAGAACCUGAAAGUUUUAACGUUGAUGCAGAACAAAGUGAUAAUCAGAGAGAUGAGAUGGUUCGGAUCGUCGCUGAAGAUUACCUCCACAAACACCCAGGAAGACCUGGUAGACAAAAGCUGAGGGAAAUCGCCAGUAUGAUUGUGGGACAAUAUCCUGCCUCCUUCAAGCUGACAGAGCCGUUUGUAAACAAACCUUUUGCAAAAGAUGGUUCUGAAACUCUAUUUCAUCAGCUGGAACACAGAAUUGAAAAUAUGAAGAGGCCACAAAGCUCACUAAAGAGGCGAGCAGGGGGUGAAAAUUCAACAAAGAAAAGGCCCAGGAAUUCAGAUCUGUAUGGAUGUGUGGCGUGGGAUCCAAUCAUUGAGGGGACUGUGUGUAGAGAAGACCUGCUGUCUAAACGAGAUGACUUGAAACGUGCCUUUCAAACCCGGGAUCUUCAGGAGUCAUCUGUUCGAAAAUUGUUGACUGAAACGUAUCCCAUUCAGCGUGAAAUCCUCAACGAUGCUGAUACCCCUAUUGGCGUAAAGGAGGAGUGGCCGUUCCUGUGUGAAGUUCCUCACCUGUUUGAUCAUGCAUCUAAACUCCUUGGCUUCUCUGUACAAAACAAGCUGGCACAGGAACUUUCGAAAAAAGAAAAGGGGAUAAAUGACUUCCUUGACUCCAAAGGGAUGAAGACGGGCGAAGGUCCAAUACAGCUCAUCUGUGGCAUUGCAAAAUACUUCAAGGAAGGCUCUUAUAAACUCUUCGACAAAAAAGAGAUCUCUGCAGAUCCUGAAGUCGAACUCCCAGUGACCCCAUGCAUCCUAGUCAGAGGUGACCAGCAAUUCAAGAUUGCUCUUGAUGGGUUUCUUGUCAAUGAUCACAUCACCUCUCCCAUUGUGGCUUUGAGCUACGUCUUCUCCAUGUUUUAUGUCUGCAACAUCCAAUACCCACCGGAGAUGGCUUUUACUCUCGAAUUCAUGCAAAGAGUUUUCUUUGGGAUCAAUCCUGAGCGAGUCUCCAAGGCAGCGAAGAAAGGGAAGAAACAGCACUUCAUUCCUCCACAGGUGUGCAAGCUGGUUUCUCAGCUGAAGGAAUUUGAAUGCAAGCAGAAGGACUCUGAGUGGGCCAUUUGAGCUGUUCUCAAAGCUCAGAAAAUACCUUUUUGGACUGUAUGUACAAUUUUUAUAGUAUUAUGUGAGUUCAGAUGUUUUAACUAGAUGCCCACAACACACAUGCUGCAGUUUCAAAUCCCCCAUGUUAAGGGGGAGGGAAGGUGGGCGAUAUUUAUCAUUCCAGGUAGAGCUUUGCCUGUCAAUGUGGAGUUGGAGGUGUAAAUUAAGUUUUAUUUUUUUACAGAAAUCUCUUUAUGGCAUGUUGCACAGAGUCAUCCUUAUAAGGUUAUGAUUGUUAUUGCUGCACUGAUGUUUUAUAGAAAAUGUAUAUAAUGUAAUACUUCUAAUGUUCUAUUUGUUUUUUGUAAAAAGGUCAGACACUGGUUGCAGAGCUCUGCCUGUCGGUGUGAUAUGUGGAGUUGGAGGUGUAGGUUUCUGCAUCCUCCUGGAGGGGGCUCCUCAUUUUGCACUGACAGGUGAGACAGCAACAGCAAUGCUGGCAGUUUUAUUGUCUUAUUUUGUCAAUGUCUUUAACAAAUCCAUUUGUUAUUAAUGCCUGUCAGCCUGUGGGUGCUAAAAAGUUGCUAGAUUUGGCAGCUCCCUGUUAAAGGACUUGGCUGUAGUUCUUUGAGAGAACAGCUGGUUUAUGUAUGUAAAAUUGCUCUGAAUGUGAAGGUGAUGUUCUGAAUGUUUUAAUGGUUGUAAUGUAAAUAUUGCAAUUCAUUCACCACAAAAAGUGCAAUCACUUUAAAGCACUGGCAGCUGUUAAAAUAAAUAAAUAAUUGUUGUGAUUC